UUACAUCAGAUUGUAUCCAAAUUCUCUGUCUGUCGACGAAUUUAAGAGCACUCUGGACCGCUUUAAUGGACAGUUGAGGGGCACCUGCGGGAUGGACAUCACGAGCCGCUGCACCCUGGGUGACCCCAACAAGCUGCCGGAGGGCGUGCCGCAGCCGGCCCGCAUGCCCUACGUGUCGGACAAGCACCCGCGGCAGACGCUGGAGGUGAUCAACCUGCUGCGCAAGCACCGCGAGCUGUGCGACGUCGUGCUGGUGGUGGGCGCCAAGAAGAUCUACGCGCAUCGCGUCAUCCUCUCCGCCUGCAGCCCCUACUUCAGGGCUAUGUUCACCGGCGAGCUGGCAGAGAGCCGCCAGACCGAGGUGGUGAUCCGCGACAUCGACGAGCGGGCCAUGGAGCUGCUGAUCGACUUCGCGUACACCUCACAGGUCACGGUGGAAGAGGGUAACGUCCAGACCCUGCUGCCUGCCGCUUGUCUGCUGCAGCUAGCCGAAAUCCAGGAGGCGUGCUGCGAGUUCCUCAAGCGCCAGCUCGACCCGUCCAACUGCCUGGGCAUCCGAGCCUUCGCCGACACGCAUUCAUGUCGAGAGCUGCUGCGCAUCGCUGACAAGUUCACCCAGCAUAACUUUCAGGAGGUGAUGGAGAGUGAAGAGUUCAUGCUGCUUCCAGCCAAUCAGCUGAUCGACAUCAUUUCGAGCGAUGAGCUGAACGUGCGCAGCGAGGAGCAGGUGUUCAACGCAGUCAUGGCCUGGGUCAAAUACAGCAUCCAGGAGCGGCGACCACAGCUCCCGCAGGUUCUUCAGCAUGUUCGCCUUCCUCUCCUGAGCCCCAAAUUCCUUGUGGGAACGGUGGGCUCUGAUCCACUAAUCAAGAGUGACGAGGAGUGUAGGGACCUAGUGGAUGAGGCAAAGAACUAUCUCCUGCUUCCUCAGGAGCGGCCGCUCAUGCAAGGACCUCGCACCCGACCCCGCAAGCCUAUCCGCUGUGGAGAAGUUCUGUUCGCCGUCGGAGGAUGGUGCAGCGGAGACGCCAUCUCCAGCGUGGAGCGCUACGACCCCCAGACUAACGAGUGGCGCAUGGUCGCAUCCAUGAGCAAGCGCCGCUGCGGCGUGGGAGUCAGCGUCCUGGACGACCUGCUUUACGCCGUGGGUGGCCACGAUGGCUCGUCUUACCUGAACAGUGUAGAGAGGUAUGACCCUAAGACUAACCAGUGGAGCAGUGAUGUAGCACCCACCAGUACAUGCAGAACCAGUGUGGGUGUCGCCGUGUUGGGCGGUUUCUUGUACGCAGUUGGUGGGCAGGACGGAGUCUCAUGUCUCAACAUAGUAGAAAGAUACGAUCCUAAAGAAAACAAGUGGACCAGGGUUGCUUCCAUGAGCACGCGGCGUUUAGGGGUGGCGGUCGCUGUGCUGGGAGGAUUCCUCUAUGCAGUGGGAGGCUCGGACGGCACCUCCCCUUUAAAUACAGUGGAGAGGUAUAACCCACAGGAGAACCGCUGGCACACAGUGUCGCCAAUGGGCACGCGGCGGAAACACCUAGGCUGUGCCGUCUACCAGGACAUGAUCUACUCGGUCGGAGGCCGAGACGACACCACAGAGCUGAGCAGCGCAGAGAGAUACAACCCAAGGAGCAAUCAGUGGUCUCCUGUGGUUGCCAUGACAUCCAGACGUAGUGGGGUUGGACUAGCUGUCGUAAACGGCCAGUUGAUGGCGGUAGGUGGAUUUGAUGGCACCACCUACUUAAAAACAAUAGAAGUUUACGAUCCUGAUGCUAACACAUGGAGGCUCUACGGUGGAAUGAACUACAGAAGACUGGGAGGUGGAGUCGGCGUUAUCAAAAUGACUCACUGUGAAUCACAUAUAUGGUAGCAACCUCAACCCCCUCACCCAUAGAUGCCUCACCAUCGCUUGUGCCUCUCAUCGGGACAUUAACGUAAGGCCGUCACAUCUCACGUCACUGACACAGCUGAGGAACGUCCGGGCAUCUGUUGCUCCUGUGUGGAGCCGAUAUGUAAAGACUUUCGCAUCGAGAGCUACAUUUCAUAGCUCUUAAUAACGGACCUGGCAAAGGCUGGCUUCCACGCGAGUAAAGAACGAGAGAGCGCAGACUCUCGCUGCUACAUCGCCGUCAUCGAGGCUGUAAUAAUCCCGGUCAGGGAUGCGCUAUUCUGGAAGGAUCCUGUACGGUUAACUGAAGGUGAAUCGAAAUCGCGGUCUCCUGGUAUAUGAUCAGUAUCUUGUCUGUACGGUUGUUUUUAGUUGAAAGAAUGGGAUGCACUGUGAUUUUUUUUUUUUCUGUUUUGUUUUGUCAUGUUUUCUUGAUUGAAUUGACAUGAGUGGUGUUUUCUGUAUCAUCACAUCUGCCAUUGCUUCAGUGAGGCGUGAUUUUUUUUGGUAUACCGGUGCUGAUCGAAUGGUAGAAUAUGGAAUACAUGAGCCUCUUUAUUUUAUAAAGUGCCAAAUAACAGGCCUGUGCACCAGCAAGUCAUUUUUAGAGGCAGUUUUGACCAUUUCAACACUCAACCUGUUUUUGGGGUUGGAUAGAGGCUCUUGUCAUCUCCUGAUAUUGCUGUUUCAUUACCUGUUGCUUUCACUGAGCACGGUUGAAGCCUCAGACAUAGCCAGUCGUGGGAAUCUCUCGUCCGACCUCCCUGACACAGACCCUGCCAAUCGCGUCUGUUGGGACGAUUGAGAUUCACGCUCGACUCUCAACAAUGGUGUGCUAGUGUGUUAAACCGCCACCGAGCACCCUUUUUUUUCCCCCUUUUAUCAUAGUAUGCAUCAGUCUGUGCACUUUAACCCAUGAGUUCUUCAGAGGAUGUUUGAUGUUCGGUCACUGUUCUGUUUUAAACACAGUGAGACGUUGACAUUUUUUAAGGACGUUGGUGGACGUAUUAUUAUGCAUUUCGAGCUACGGAGCCGUUUUUCAGCCGUUUCAACAAAUGGUUCUGAGCGUCGGCCAGCACUCUUUGCAUCAACAUGUUGAGAUUUGUUUAAUAAAUUGGAAACAUUUUGAUCU